CCUAACAUCUCUCAUCUUUCUGUAUCCAAACGAUGGUGACCCCACCUUCUCGCAAGGCCGUCUUGGGUCUCUAUGCCUCCACAUUACGGACAACGAAAUCAUUCCGUUCAUAUAACUUUCGCAACUACUUCGUUCAAAGGACGAAGGACACAUUCCGUGGGAUGCAAACGGAACAAGAUCCCGUCAAGCUUUCACAGGCAUAUAAUGAGGCUGUGAAGGAGCUUUCAGUAUUAAGACGGUGUGCAGUCGUGAAUCAGUUGUACGGUGGUUGGCGGCUGGCAGUUGAGGAACAGAGUGACAUGCGUACCCGAGGAGAUACGUGAGCCAAGAUACCACCAGAUACUAGGUGUGGAUAAUGAAAGCAGAAUAGAGAUCAUGUUCACCGCGCUUCGCAGAUUAAUGGUAACCACCAGUAUCAUAUGGACAACAGUAGGAAGAUGACAUGACUUUGAAUGUUGAUUGUUGCCGGUCA